CGGCCUUCUAUUACAUUAUUAGGAAAUGGUGUAAUUACAUAAGGACCCUUAAUAAAACGACACCAUGAACUUAAAAACGACUGUCUAUCCCGAUUUCGAAAAACGGGAAACGGCUUGUUGGUCCCACCAGCUUCCACAAUCCAACUUCCGUAAUCCCAGCUUCCCCUUCCCACACACUUCAUCAUUCACUAUCAGUCGAAAUCGAUUUCGGUCGAGCUCCGGGUUAGGGCAGAAGCAUUUUCGAUUUCCAGCACAAGCAUUCCUCGAUUUCGACUUCGACGAGGAGCAUUCUUACAUCUCCUUCCAUCAUCAUGAAGUGCAAAAGUCCUACGGUUCCUCUUGGGAAAAGCCAAGCAAGACGGCGACUUGUGAAAGCAUCUGAAGUGAUGGAAGCCAAAGAUGAACUCAAUAUUCAGGUAAAUGUUAGAUUAUUUACGAUUGCUUGAGAGCGAUACUUGGUUCUUUAGAAAGCUAGACGUGGUAAUUUCUCAAAUGAAAGCUAUAGAUGUUCAUUCGAAUCCGAACUCAACUCAGUCGACCCAAAUCAUGUUUGAUUAUUUUGAAAACGCAUGACAUGUUUCUCACUAUUUUUUCUAAGUAAACAUACCUACCAAUUAUACAAGUAUCAUUGGUGGUUAAUCCGGAGUGAAUUUCUGUAAAAUCAUUUGGUCGAACUAAACAUACAUUUUUUUACCAAUCUUAGUCGAAACGGAGUUGUAAACCGUUGGUUCGACCGUAUAUUAGUCGAACAUCUGUAAUUUUUUUUUAUAUGCAGGUUCCUUCCUUGCCUCCUGUGGUGGACUGCUCGUUGUUCCCGAGCAUGAAGCUCACAGUAAGGCAAAAAUUGGAUGAAUUUAUAGAAUUAAUUUUCGACAAUCUUGGUGAGUUUCCCAAUCUCAUUGGUGCAUUUAGGUCGAGUGUAUUUGGGAAAUACAUUGAUGUUGAGUUCAUCCCUGUUCCAUUACAUUUGUGGUCAAUCGUGUCUAGAUUAGCCAAAAUUGAUAUUGAAUCGGAGGCAUGGUUUGUCGUGAAGGGAGUUCCAGUACGCUACUCUCUCACAGAAUUUUCUCUAAUCAGCGGGCUUACCUGCAGCGCCCUUGCUAGCAAUUAUGAAGAUGAUUUUGAUAAUGAUUCAAAGGCCAGAUUCAUUGAGAAGAAUUUUGAUCAAGAUUUUGAGGGAGUUGUUAGCUAUGAAACAGUUGUAGCUAGAUUUGUACAAUUGUGCAUAACUUUGAAGGACCCUGAAGCUGAGGACGAACUGAAAAAGGAUGCUGAAGUAGAAGUGAUCAGAGUAGCAAUACUCAUGUUUGUAGUGAUGGUCCUUCUAGCUCCUUCUAAGAGAAAAGCUCCCAUUCCUGAAUGGAUAAUUGGGAAAAUAGGGGGAAAAGAAGAAAACGAGUUCCCAUGGGGUACGUGGGCGUAUAAGGGCUCAUUAGAUGCAUUGAAACAUAUGGACUUGGAGAAAAAGCUAGAUGAAAUAAUUGUUAAAAAUAAGUCAGCAACAAUGAAUUUCCCUGGAUUCUUAAUCCCAAUUUCGAUAUUGCUUUUUGAAUGCGCCCCUGAUUUUGCCGAGAAGUUUGCAAUGAGACUCCCUAAUUGCGUGCCUACUUUGCCGAGGUUACGUCUCUAUCGUCCAAAUACGACAAAAAGGAUCAGCACUGAACAGGUUCAAGUGGCUGAAGAAUCAAUAAAGAGGGUGCAGAGUAUUCUACUACCUGAUGAUUUGGAGAAAACUACUGAUUGGGUCAGAAGUUUGGAUCCUGUACAAGACAGUCACCCACAUGUUGAGCUGGAUGGAUUUGUGAAAUCAUUAGAGAGAAAAUUGGUUCUUUUUCCAGUCUCUUUGAAAAGAAAAUCAUGUGAGGUCAAGAGUCCUAAAGAGGAGAAGAAGCCUCCUAAAAAGAUGAAGUUGCUGAGCAUGAAGAAAGAAGAAGGUGUAGUGGAGGAAAAAAGAAAGAAGAAAAACAGACACUCUCCUCCUCAAACCCCUAUUGCCUCUCCUCAACCUACUGCCCAUGUAGAGGAACAAAGAAAGAAAAAGAAACACUCCCCCAAAACCCCUGCUGCUUCUCCUAAGCAUCUGAGAUGAGACCAAACUAUGUGACACAUCCAAGAGUUCAGAAGUGUUAGCAAUUUUUU